AUGGCUGGGACCCCAGGAGAGCGGAGGCCCCUGCUGGGCCGGGUCCAGAGCAUCGGGGGCUUGGUCCCGAGGGGCCGCAAGGCGGCCCUUGCCGCCAUACUGCUGGCCGAGAUGCUUGAGCGGGCCGCCUUCUUUGGCAUCUCUGCGAACCUGGUGCUGUACCUCAACAGCGUCAACUUCAACUGGGAGGGGGGCCAGGCCAGCGGGGCGGCCCUGGUGUUCUUGGGGGCCUCGUACCUACUGUCUCCCGUCGGGGGGUGGCUGGCUGACGUCUACCUGGGCCGCUACUGCACCAUUGUCCUCAGCCUGCUGCUCUACCUGGUCGCCUCCUGCCUGCUGCCCUUCACCUCCUUCGCCGACGGGCGGGUCUCCUUCUGUGGGAAGAUGCCCGCCCCUGAGGUCCAGCCCCCCUGCCCCUCCUCGGGCUGCCAGCUCGAGUCCCCCAGCCCUUACUGCGCCCCCACCAUGUACACUGGGCUGCUGCUGCUGGGGCUGGCCGUCAGCUCCGUCAGGACCAACCUCACCUCGUUUGGUGCCGACCAGGUGAUGGAUCUGGGCCAGGGAGCUACCCGCCGCUUCUUCAACUGGUUUUACUGGAGCAUCAACCUGGGGGCCGUGUUCGCGCUGCUGGUGGUGGCCUUCGUGCAGCAGAACAUCAGUUUCCUCAUCGGCUACACCAUCCCCGUGGUCUGCGUGGGCCUGGCGCUCCUCCUCUUCCUCCUCCCCAGCCGCUCCUUCGUCACCAAGCCCCCCAUGGGCAGCCAGGUGUCUUCCAUGCUGGCCCUCGCCCUCCGGGGCUGCUGUCCUCGGGCCUGGUGGCGUCUCUCUGCCAGGCGGGAGCCUCCGGGAGCCGAGGUGAUUUCGUCCCGGGGAUCUUCCCCUCAGGGUCCCUCGCGCCAGGAGGAUAUUGCCAACUUCCGGGCCCUGGUGAAGAUUCUUCCAGUGUUGCUGACGUUGGUGCCUUACUGGAUGGUGUAUUUCCAGAUGCAGUCCACGUAUUUUCUGCAAGGCCUGCACCUCCUCAUCCCCAACUUCUUCCCUUCUGGUCCAACCGGCAGUGACGGCUACAUGUUCCCGGACGCCUGGCUCCUCUUGACCAACGUGGUAGUGUUACUCGCCCUGGUGCCGCUGAAGGAUCGUGUCGUCGACCCCUUCCUGCAGAGACAUAGGCUGCUCCCCUCGGCCCUGAAGAAGAUGGCCCUGGGCAUGUCCUUCGGCUUCGCCUCCGUCAUCGUGGCAGGGAUCCUGGAGAUGGAACGCCUGUCCUUGGUUCACCGCAACGAAACGGUGGUCCAGCGCAUCGGGCUGGAGGAGUACGUGGCGGCGCCCCUGCCCAUCUGGUGGCAAGUACCCCAGUACCUGCUCAUCGGCAUCAGCGAGAUCUUCGCCAGCAUCCCAGGGUUGGAGUUCGCCUACUCGGAAUCGCCCCGCUCCAUGCAGGGAGCCAUCCUGGGCAUCUUCUUCUGCCUGUCGGGGGUGGGCUCUCUGCUGGGCUCCAGCCUGGUGGCGUUGCUGUCCCUCCCAGCGCUGGGCUGGCUGCACUGCCCCGAAGACCACGGAAACAUUAACAAUUGCCGGCUGGACCUAUACUUCUUCCUGCUGGCCGGGAUCCAGGCUGCCGCCGGCUUCCUCUUCCUCUGGAUCGCCCAUCGCUACGAGAAGCCGGCGCCCGCCCCAACGUGCCAUCGCUGCGCCAGCCGGGAGGGAGGCUGAGCCCCCUCAAGGGCCGCGGGCGGGAUCCUGCCAUUCAAUCUCCCCCGGCCACCCCCCCGGCCCCGAGACACAGACCCGCGAGGCCGCUCUGGUUUCCUUUCCGGUUUAUUCCGUACCCAACAACUGAAGAGCGAAACGUUUGCCAUAAAUAACAGG